AUGGCCAGCUACAAUGGGCGUCGCGCGCCCAACUUCUCGCAGUACAUCGAUGACUUGAAUGCGAUUCCUUCGCCCUACGACCAGGCUCUGCAGCAGCAACAGCAGCAGCAGCAGACUUCAUACAACCUCGAUACUGAGCUCGCUUUGUUCACCAACACUGAGUUCUUCGAUUUCGAUAAGUUCAACGACCUCGGUCUGCCUACUUUCGACUCUGUCGAUGAGAAGCCUCAUUCUGUGAGCCAGUCUCCCCAUACUGCGGACAACUUUUUGGAUUUCUUGAACAAUGAGGGCUUGAACUCCAUCCCUGACUACCAGCCCGAGCUGAACCAGAAUGCCCAGGUGCCCAUGCACAAUGCGCAUUACGCGGUUCCCCCCGUGCCUGCGCCGGUCACUAGCCAUCAGGCCCCCAUUCAGCCCGCUCCAAUCAGCGUUCCAAAGGUCACUCCGGCCCCACCCGCCCACUCGAUGUCGCCGCCCACUCAGGUGACCGGCAUGAAGCGCAAAAACUCUGCCAAGUCGACUCAGGAGAGUGCCGAGGAGGCUGGUCGCCACAUGGCGGAGGAGGACAAGCGUCGCCGCAACACUGCUGCCAGUGCUCGUUUCCGUGUCAAGAAGAAGCAGCGUGAGGCUGCUCUCGAGCAGACUGUCAAGGAGACCACUCACAAGAAUGAUAUUCUUGAGGCGCGUGUAUCCCAGCUCGAGCUUGAGAACCACUGGCUCCGUGGCUUGAUCAUGGAGAAGAACGGUGCGGAUGAGCAGUCUGAGCAGGAUAUCUCUGAUAUGUUCAAGAAGUUCCUUGCUUCACAGAAGGCCGAUACUUCAAGUACUUCUGACUUGAAGCACGGUGUGGGUACCACU